AUGAAAAGCGAAAAACGAUACAUCACACUCGCGGAGGUGUGGCGUGAAAUGCGCCCGCUGAAGGCGCCGUUGCCAAUGAAGCCGAUAUCAACCCGCACCAAGCCAGCACCAGCAGCAUUAUCCACCCCCAUUGCUGCUGUUGCCGUUGCGGCUAGAGCGACGAGCAGCACGUCCACGUCACCACUCGCGCAUUCUCUGCAACUUGGAAGCAGUGCGGCCAGUUCGGAGAAUGGGCUGCUGCUGUCUCGGGGCGGGUGUCGUGUAAAGUCAAGUACAUCAUUGUUGACUGAAGCCUUAAAGUCGGGAAAUAAACCUAGUACGUGUAGCACCAUCAGCGGCCAAGCUUCCCCGGUGGUGUCCCCUUCGAAGGGUGUUUCUUCUUCUUCUGCUGCUGCUGGUGCUGCGGGUAAGACCCGAUCGCUGCGCCGACAGACGGGAGUUAACCUGCAGCAGUCGGGCAUCGCGGCGAAGAAGACAAAAAUGUUGGCGCCUGCGUUGGAUCCUCUCAGCAUCAGGGGCUAUGCAUUCACUGCAGAGGCCAACACCACGACUAAAAGCACCAAGGCGAAACGACAUGAUAGGGUAGAACCUACACUGAGAAGGCAAUUAUCCCUCAGCGAGGACUCUUCACACAUUGUGGGCGGAUGUGGUGAUAGUCUUCGUGGAAUUUCGAGGGAUAGUGCUGCGUUAAGCAAGAACCUUUCUCCUUUAGACAAGGCGAUUGGUAUAUCACCUGGAUCACGGCGCCAAAAGCAACAAAAGGCCCCAAAACAACAACAACAACAACAGCCACAUCAAUGGGUGCUGCGGAGCACACCAGGGGCAUCAGUAGUGGCACGAGGGGAGGAUGCUCUUCCUACCGUGCCGGGUUGCUGCAGUUACGUUGGUGCCGCUGUCGGCAGCUCCGGACAAAAACCCUUCAUUAGGCUCAUGAGCCGUAGGAAUAUGAGCUUCCAUGUGAUGCCUUCCUUGGCUUCACGCAAGCCUGGUGAGGAAUCGUGUUUUUCCAGGACACUCAGCACGAUGUAUGAUACAAAAAUCGAUGUGCGCCCUGGCCGAAACGAUACAUCAGUGGUCAAUAAGCGAAGAGUCAUCGACGGCACGCGGAUGACUUCUGGGGCUGAUCAUGCUGACGGGACACCUGCGGGUGAAAGCAAAUCGACCAUGAAGCACCACCCACUGUUAAGAGUAGCACGGGAGAAAUAUCAGCAGAAUCACCGGAGGCCGUCUACUUUCGCGUGCACGUACGCCGCGGGUCUUAUUUCAUCUCCCUCUGUCCCCACUACUAUUACUCCAGCAGCAGCAGCACCUGCGGCGCCCUUUACGCGUCAAGUCAGUCAGCUGUGCCUCACCAUUCUCCGAGAGCGCGACCGCCGCCGCAACCGAGUGAAGACCAUACAGGAGAAGUCGGAGGCUACGGACACUAAACAAGAACAACCAGGAGAACCAGGGGAGCGGCGAAAAUCUCAACAGACACCACCACCACAGCAGCAUCAGGAGCAGGAGCAACUUGUGUUGUCCACUCCCAGAAACCCUAGUGCCAAUUCAUCUCCCCCGCUCUGUCCUGAGAAGGAUGACGAGGCAAAAAUGAGCCCAUGCGCUGCAGUGCUCGAAUGUAUGCGAAGCGUGCUGGAAAAACGACGUUUGCAUCAGGUGCAGCACGAAACCGGCACCACGAUACUGACAAAAAUGUCCCCCUGUGCGGAGUCGAACGUUGGGUACGGGGCGAGCAUCGGGCUUACCCCCAGCGAGACCAUGGUGACGGAGCGAAGCCCCGACGUGUCAUCGUACAAUCACCUCGCGCAUCGUCACAGCGACGCCAGCAGCUGCACCAGGAAUUACAGCAACUCCACCACCACCACCACGAUCAACAUUACCAACAACAACAGGGAGGAAAACAGCAGCAACAAUGAGGUGGAUGAUCUGGACGAGGUGGAUGAUGAUGAGACAGGUGAUGAGGACACAUUGUGGUGCUUCGACAUCUUCUGGUGCGGCCCCUUUGAGCGUGCACCACCGCCGCCGUCCUUUGUGCCGCCGCUCGACCUCGCGUGCGUGCGUGUUCCCGACGACCUCGCCGCGCUGACCACGUACAUCAUCCCGCUGCCGACGCCAACAACGGCAUUCGCGCGUGGCUGCCGGCUGAGCGCGGAGGCCCAGGGGUGCGACAACAAGCGUGUGCGCUGCGGCAUCUUCACCGACACGAGCGACGCCCUUGCGUACGGCAGGGGCGUGGUGCGGGAGGCGAAGCAGCGCGCGCAGAAGGAGCGGGUANAGCUGCUGCUGCUGGAGUCGCACGAGCGUCGCGCGCGACGACUGCUCGCGCAGGAGGAGAUGGCCGAGUGGAAAGCGCUGGAGAAACCCGUGGUGUUGCUGCUGCAGCAGGAGUGGUAG